GAUUGAUAAUAGGGCACACGUCCUCGGUUUGUAUGCAUCUUCUGCUCAUCUGCAGUAUCUCCUUGAUAGUUGUUUCAGUUAGACGUUUGUUUCGUGCAAGACAUCUACCUAGGAGAACCAAAAUGAUUUUGAAAUUAACAGUUCUUAUCGUUUUGACUCUAAUCAGCCACACCACAUCCCUGGAUUUAUGCGAGGAUAGUCACGUGAAAUGUGAUUCCUGUAACGCUGUUACCGUUUGCAUAAUAGGACUUCCGGUGACAUUGUUAUGCCCAUUAGGAACUUAUUGUGACUCUACGUCUAUACCGAUAUGUAGACUUGGAUUUUGUCCUUCUGAAUUCGGUAGUGAGACUAGUACCGAAAAGACCACACCAACAACACCAUCAACGACUACUACGGUUCCAACUACUACCACGCCAUCGACAACAACUGCAAUUGCAACAACUGAACCAACUAUAGCCGCAGAUUUCAUUUGCAACUCGUUCGGAUUGUUCUCCGAUACGGCAGAUCCAUCUUGUCAAUCGUACUAUCUGUGUUACCCAACUUGGACUUCUUACAAUUCGUGGCGUUUGAAAUGUCCAACGGAGUUAGUUUUUAAUCCCACUAAUGGAAAAUGUGUGAAAUUGGAAGAAUAUACGUGUCCAUUGUCAACAAAAGCUGAGACUACAAACACGAUCUCGGAGACUUCGGCUGCUACUCCGACAACUUUAACGACAGUACCAUUAACGACAACGUUAUCUACAACGACGAUAACACCGACGAGACCAUCUACGACUACGUCAUUUACAACGACAGUGAUACCUACUACUGAAACUCCAUCUACAACGUCAUUAACAACGACUUCAACAACAUUUACACCAUCUACCACGACACCAUCAACGACUACUCCAACAACGACAACGCCGCCUGCAACAACGAUAUCGACGUCAACUCCAACAACGAUAACGCCGUCUACAGCAAUACCUUCCACGGCAACGACAGCGACGACAAUUACAACACCAUCGACGACAACUUCUACAACGACAAUAACGACUACGGCAACACCAUCGACGACAACUCCAGCAACACCAACGCCAACUAUAACUAUUACUCCUUCAACAACAACUGAUUCAACUACAGCUGCGGAUUUUACACGCAACUCUUACGGAAGAUAUUCUGAUACAACCGAUUCAACUACAGCUGCGGAGUUUACAUGCAACUCUUACGGAAGAUAUCCUGAUACAACUGAUUCUUCCUGUCAGUCCUAUUAUUUAUGUUACCGAACUUGGACUUCAUUUGACUGGUGGCUCAUGAAGUGUCCAACAACGUUAGUCUUUGAUUCAAAUAUUGGUAAAUGUGUCCUCCCUACGGAAUAUGCAUGUCCGUUCUCAGCUACGCCGUCAACUACGAGCACAACUACUACGACUACCACGGUCGCAUCGACUACAACUAUUGAACCAACCACCGAUCCAACAACUCCUUCAGAAUUCGUUUGCCAGUCUAGCGGGCGAUUUCCUGACACCUCGGAUUCAUCUUGUCAGUCUUAUUAUUUAUGUUAUCCAACUUGGAGUUCUUACACCUGGUGGCAUAUGAAGUGUGGCACAAUAUUAAUUUUUAAUCCAACUAUUGGAAAAUGUGUACUACCAACAGACUAUGUAUGUCCAUAUUGAAAAUUCAUACGUAGGAAGAGUGUACUCCUAUUGAAGUGUUUAUUAUUCCAGGAGAAAUAAAAAAUAUAAAACCCCU